GCAUUUUGGAUUCCGACAUGGCCGAUGAAGCAUUGCGGCAACGAGGCCUGGUUGAGAUCAUGGCGUCGUACCAACUAGGGAGCGUGGAAGACCUUGUUCCGUUUAGCCUAAAGUGGAAUAAGCUGGACAAGUAUCGCGAGUCGGACGUGCCUUGGAAGUGGGCAUGCAUUUUUCACGGCUACCUUGAUAGUUUGACGUCGACCAAGCGACGGGACGUCCUUCACUUGUUGGCCAAACACACCCCCGAGAGGCUGACACCAACGGUGCUGGACAUAGCGGCCGAACGUGGAGCAUUGGACGUCCUGCAGUUUUGUACAUCUUGCCCUGAAUUCCGAUGCACAGCGGAUGCGAUAGACUACGCCGCGACAGAAGGGCAUUUCAAAAUCGUGCAGUUUCUCCACACCUAUCGAGCCGAAGGGUGCACGACGCGAGCCAUGAACGGCGCGGCGUCGCGUGGGCAUAUGGAGAUUGUUGCAUAUCUGCAUGCCAAUCGCACGGAAGGAUGCACGGUGUACGCGAUGGAUGGGGCCGCAGCGCAUGGUCACCUGGAUGUCCUGACAUUCUUGCACGACCGUCGACACGAAGGCUGUACGACCCAAGCGAUUGACUUGGCAGCUCGAAAUGGCCAUCUGGACAUUGUCAAAUUUUUACACGAGCACCGCUCGGAAGGCUGCACAGCGGACGCGUUGACGUAUGCGCUCAUGUAUGGCAAGCUCGAUGUCGCUGCGUACUUGCAAAGCGUUGGCGCAGAGGGCUGUGGCGAUGACGCCUUGUAUGGUGCGGCAUGGACCGGGUCGCUGGAGACAGUGAAAUUCCUUUGCACCGGUGCCCAGCUGCAGCCGUAUCAGCCAAAAGUGAUCACGGCGGCGGCGUCCAGGGGCCACAUCCACGUGGUGCUGUAUUUGCAAUCUGUGUAUUCGACGCAUGUGAGUUGGUCUUCUUGGUGUGUGCACGUCGUGUAUGCCAUUGCGAAGCAUGCUUGGCUGCAGCUCAACCGGACAACACUUCUUUCCGACCAAAGGAUGGAUUAACCGCAGAUCAAGUUGAGCUGAAGUUGAUUGUUAUCUUGAAACGACCUUCUUCACAACACGACAAUAUAUGUAUACUACCGUAUUUGUCGUACCUUUGCACCAUGAAA